AUGCUUGCAUCUUUCCCUUAUAUUAUCUUGGCUGAAGUAGAAAUCGAUCUUUUGACAAACCCUAAUUUAACCUACGAAAAUGUUGCUAGGUUUGCAUGUGCUGCUAAAGCUUUAAACUGGGAUGGUCCAGUUGUUGCAAUGACAGAUUGUACAAAAGUUCAUUUAAAAUUAUCAUAUUCACAUUCAAAACAUUUGCACAAAGUUUCUAAUAUAAUGAGAUUAGAUAAUGCACAUGAAAAUAUUAAUACUAAUACUGCAAAUCAAUUAAUCACACAAAUUACAAGUAAUGAUUCCGGACAAACUGUUAGAAGAAGAGUGACUAGGUGGCAAGGCAGAAAAAAUAUUGAAAAUAUGUUUAGAACCAAUGAUAAUAUGCCAG